AUCUUUUAGUUAGCUAGCUCUACUCAGAACAUGGGUUUGCAAGUUCCAAUAAGUGAUAGAGUCGAGCAAAAUCGUUACAUUUCAGGUGCGGUCCUAUUCCUAUUCUUUGAAUCGAGCUGACACGUUUCUUCCCCACAGUCGAGGAUAGCAAAAGCGACUUUUCUAAAAAUUAUCCUUUCCCAGAUAAUCAUCGAUGGCCGCUCAGCUCUCCGGCGUCUGGCUUAACAGCUCCGCCGCCUUGCUCACCGGGGAGUUACUCCACCGCCGGUGCAGCCGUUCUCCGUUAGCGGCGGUCUCUGCCGUUCAUCCUUCCACUUCUUCGCCCAUUAUCCAGAUUGUUGGUGGAAGAAAUUUGGGAUGGAAUGGGAUGGAGAGCUCAAAGCUCAGUAGCACUUUGGAUGAUGAUCCUGAAGAAUUUGACUGGGCAGAAUUAGAACGAGACCUUUAUCACUGGACAAAAGUGUUACGUCCAGUUCAGUGGUAUCCUGGUCACAUUGCAAAAACAGAAAAAGAACUCAAGGGCCAGCUGAAAUUGAUGGAUGUUGUGAUCGAAGUUCGAGAUGCUAGAAUUCCGAUUUCCACCAGCCAUCCACAGAUGGAUUCAUGGUUGGGGAAUAGGAAGAGGAUUGUUGUUUUGAAUCGAGAAGACAUGAUCUCUAAAGCCGACCGAGAUGCUUGGGCUAGUUACUAUGCCAGGCAGGGGACUAAAGUCGUCUUCUCAAAUGGACAGUUUGGAGCGGGUACCUUGAAGCUGACUAGGUUAGCGAAGGAAUUGGCAGUUGGUGUUAACAUCAAACGCAAAUCUAGAGGACUGCUUCCUCGUCCUGUUCGUGCUGGAAUAGUUGGCUAUCCAAAUGUUGGUAAAUCAUCUCUGAUAAACCGGUUGCUCAAGCGUCGGAUGUGUCCUGCAGCCCCAAGACCAGGUGUUACAAGAGAGCUCAAGUGGGUUCGGUUUGGGAAAGAUUUGGAAUUGCUGGAUUCUCCUGGCAUUAUCCCAAUGAGGAUCGAUGAUCAAUCAGCUGCGGUUAAACUUGCCAUAUGUGAUGACAUUGGAGAGAGAUCUUAUGAUAUUUCUGAAGUUGCAGCCAUCCUUAUACAAACUUUGUCUCGGCUUCCUGAAGUGGGAAACAAAGCUCUUCAAGGCCGCUAUAAAGUGGAGACAGAUGGUCGAGCUGGUAGAAUUUUUGUUCAGAAGCUGGCUCUUCGACUGUUCAAUGGGGACACUAAUCAAGCAGCAUUCCGUGUUUUGUCGGAUUUCCGAAAAGGAAAAUUUGGUUGGGUAGCUUUGGAGAGGCCUCCGAGGUAGGAUGGGGCUUAUUUGUCCAUGUUUUGCCUUUGAUCACAUAUUUUGUAUGUUGAAGAAGGUCCAACGUGGGAGAGGGACAAUUUGGACUAGUUUAGUUCAGGAGAUUAUUUUCAUGUAGAAGUUUGUGUAUAUAUAACAUAUUUAUAGUUUAUGCUAAAGUUUAAUGGAAAUUUCAUUUCAGGGUGUA